AUGUUCCCAGAUAAACGCACAGACAGGGUAUAUUGGUUGCAAGAUACAUCGCUGGCGAGGACUAUCGGCCGAUGCCUACUCCUUGGGUCCUCGCGGCGCGAGGAGCUCGAGCGCUGGCGCACCGCCGGUGGAGUGGACCUGGGCCAAUGCGUGGAGAAUGUCAUGCGUCAGGCCGAGAACCACAUAAUUCCGGGCCAGGAAGUCACGGUCGAGGAGAUCGAUGCCGCAUUGGAGGCCAUCGCGUCCCGGUGCCGGUUUUCGGGGCCCCGCGUGCGACGACAACGCACGGCCGUCGACGUGGAAGAGGCCCUGUCGCCGUUGUAUCGACGGCUGAGCAGUCGCGACGCAAAGUGGCUCACGCGUAUGAUCCUCAAGAGCCUGUCGCCGGUCGUCCUGCCGGGAUCGCUUGUGUUGAAGAGCUUUCAUUUCCUCUUGCCGCAUCUGCUCCUGUUCCAGGACUCCUUUGAGGCAGCUUUGAACAUGUUGCGCUCUAGUCCGAUAGCAAAUUUCCCUCCACAUCCGGAACCCGGCCUGGCGAGAGACCUGUGCGCCAUCGCUUUGCAGCAUUUGGACCCAUUGGUGGGUGUGAAGAUCGGACGGCCAGAGUACUACAAGGCACGGAGUAUCAAGCACUGUUGCCAGAUGGUUGGGCGCCGACGUGUCAGCGUGGAAAGAAAGUACGACGGCGAAUACUGUCAGAUCCACAUUGACUUGAUGAAACGCCCAUCAUCGAUACAGAUAUUUUCAAAGAGUGGUAAGGACUCUACCGCGGAUAGGGCAGACAUCAUUCAAGUGAUCCGGGAUUCGCUGCGUAUCGGGAAACCUGAGUGUAAAAUCUCUCGCCGCUGUGUCUUGGAAGGUGAGAUACUAGUGUGGAGUGAUAAGCAUGGUAAGAUCGCGGAUUUUCAUAAGCUUCGCAAGUUCAUCUCCCGGUCUGGCACGUUUAUCGGAAUAGAAAAUGAUUCACCACCCCAGCCAUACGAGCGUUUGAUGAUCGUUUUCUUUGAUAUACUGCUCCUCGACGAUGACGUUUGUCUGAAGAAGCCGCAUCGACUACGCCGACUGCUCCUCAAGGACACAAUGACUGUCAUCCCCACUCAAGCGGACAUUGCGGAACAAUGGGUGCUUGAUUUCUCACGUCCUGAUGCGCAGACCAGACUUGAAAACAUAUUUGCCAGAGGAGUUGCAGAACGCUGGGAAGGUUUCGUAUUGAAAGGCUGCGAAGAUCCUUACUUCGCAAUAUUUUCAGGCGACAAGACUGACACCGGUGGGCGUUGGAUCAAGCUCAAGAAAGAUUAUAUUCCGGGCUUAGGCGAUACUGUGGACCUCACCGUCAUCGGAGGAGCAUAUAAACCCCGCGAUGCGUUGGCGCUGAAUCAGGCUCGGAAGCUGUCCUGGACUCACUUCUUCAUAGGAUGUCUUACAAAUAAAGACUCCGUCUUGCAGUCCGCAGCAGUCCCUAGGUUCCGGGUGAUCGACACAAUCGACCAGCAUUGCAUGAGUGUAAAGCACAUGCAAAUUUUCAACCAGAUCGGCCAGUUCUACGCGUGUAGCCCAGACUCGGGCCAUGGCUUUAUUAUAGAUGACCCACCGAAGCAUCUACCUGCGAUGGACGUCGUUUACAAGACCCCGUUCGUUGUCGAAAUGCUGGGCGCUGGGUUCGAAAAACCAUCUGGUGCGAGGUUUUAUACCCUCCGCUUCCCGAGGAUUGUAAAGAUCCACUCGGACAGGUCAUUCGAAGAUGCCGCUUCUUUCGUGGAGCUGCAACGAAUAGCAGAGGAUGCUCGCGCGGUGUCUGUAGAAGCCGUCGCUGACGAGAAGGCUGAAUGGACAAAACGGUUCGGCCUGGCAGCUGGAGCAUCACUAUAUAAGCCGGAUCGCUCACAGAGCGCACACUCCGCUACGACUUCAUCGCAGUCAACAGGAACUACCACGAGAACAUUGGAAUCUUCUGGACGAAGAGACCUCUAUGGGCGUGGUGAUAGGGCACGCGAGAGCUCGAGCCAUGAAGCGAGGCAACCCAGGAGAACGAGUCUCGCCGGUGCAUCUUCUCGUCCCGUUCCCAUCUACGUGGAUGACUCGACAGGUUCCGUGUCAUCUUCGGAUUCCGAGAACCAAGGGAAUUUUCUGAAAGAUAACGAGAAUCUAUCAUCCCAUCAGAACUCCCGCAAGAGGAAGGCCUCAGAUAGUGGAUAUGAUUCCACGGAGAAGCCCGCAAAGGCUCGGGGCCUACCAGAGAACGCUAACAGCACCGCCAGCAGAAUCGUAUUGGAGCCUGCUCCAUCUUUCUCCAGGGACAUGAGACAUGCGACUACACCUCCGACCAACACUCCACUCAUCCCAGAACCUCCUUCAAAACACACCGCACGGUCACCACUAUCUACCAUCCCAGUUUACGUCAGUCACAACAUCCCAGGAGAUGCAGCUAUGAUCAUACCCAACCGGCCGGCAGACCUGGACGCCUUCCUCACAGCCAUCGGAUCUGAAGACACAAAAUCUCGCUGCAAAGCCUCAAACCCAAACCCUCUCGGCCGCCUCAUCGAGAUACCCGCGUAG